AUGUCAGACCUUGAUUCGCCUUGUGCUCCGUUCCAGUCUGAACAAGUACCAGAUCUGGUUCCCGACCGAAUAAGACGAUUGUCUACAAAGCGGUCUGUCAGUAUUAAUACUGUGACUCCGACAGUUGCCAGGAGUAAUCAAUUUGAACCAGCAGAGAAUAGUGCCACAGGGAUCCAAGCUAAUGGUAGUAACCACAGUGUUCAUGGCAGUGGUCAUGGCAGUGGUCAUGGCAGUGGACAUGACAGUCGACAUGGCAGCAUUGAAGAAGACCAACAAAAUGAACACAGUGAAGUAACUUCGCAAUUGGAUAAUGAGAGCCAGAUAGAACCGUCUGAUGACGAGGACGAUGUGUUUUCUCCUGUUGAUAGUGAUCAGAAAAGUAUAGUCAGAUCGCUUUUCGACGACGAGCUGCCAGAAUCAGUUCCUGGUAACCUUCAUUUGGCAAAGGACUCGACUAUUGCUAGAUUUGUCGAACGACAUGGACUGUUUACAGUGGUUAGACAGUUGGCUAAAGAUCUUGCAGAACGAGAGGCUCAAUUAGCUCUGAUUAGAAGACAAAAUGAAGAUAGAGAGCGAGAACUUAGAAAGAUGCUGAUUGAAGUAGGGGUUGCCAGAUCGGACAUUGACAAACGACUUAUGAACAUGAGUGCUACAUCGGUGCGAAAUCCAAGUGCUAUCAUGGAUGAACUGAUGAAUGAAGCAUUAGAAUCGCCAUUACAACGAAGUUCUGAAAAGGUGUCGUCUGGUACAAUGGUCACUUCGACUCCAGUAGCGAAACAAAAAAACGACUGGAUCAAGAUACUUUCAGGGAUGGUCGACAAUUCUUCUUUACCACCUCCUGCUCUUGGAAGAAGAAGUAUUUAUAGUAGAAGCAGCAGUCCUAGCUUGAUGUCUGCCGAUUAUCAGAGUAUUCCCGAGGUUGUUCCCGAUAACAAUACAGUAGAAAGCCCUGAUCAGAUACAUUUGCAGCAGCAGCAGCAGCCGACAUCCAACACUCCGGCAUCGAAAUUAUACCGCAGUGGUCCUUUAGAACUGGAAACUAUUGUUCCUCACGACAGUCAGCCUCCGACUUUACGGCCAAAUGAUCAUAUUGGUACACUUGUAGACAGGUUCGGUUUUAUAUACGAUCGUCACCAACGAGCCAGUUCUAAAACGGUCACAAAAGACUCUUCUUUUGCGUCUGAAGAUAGCAAUAACUCUCUUGAAUCGAGUGUGAGUGGGCUCAGUCUCAAUGUGAAAAAUGUACCUACUGUAACCACUGCCACGGCAACAACUGUCAGAGAAGAAAGUGACGGGUAUACUAGCGACGACGAAACUGCCGAGAAUGAUGAGACCAAACUAGAUAACAAACGAAGUGAAACCGAAACAAACUCUGUUACUGACGAGAUUCCCACUCUACCGUUAGCUGCUACUGCAACUCAUCUAUCUGGCAUACCUGUAGCGGUUACUACUAGUCCUUCGACUGUCCUAUCCACUACAGCCGUCACUACAACAGGAGUUACUACCACUACACCCACGUCCAAUCUUCCCGACGUCGUCAAGGCUCGUAGUAGCGGGAUUUCUAGUCCUUCUCCCAAAUCCAACCCCUUUGAGAGUCAAUCCCCCCACCAAACACAUCUACUACAUGAUCACGGUGACACUGAAAACACUACUCCAACCAGACAGCAGCUUCGUAACAAACCACAAUCAAUGGGCCUGCUGCUUGCCAAGCUGUCUGAUUUGCAUGACGAGAUGCAAAAAUCUCAAAUCCAAAAAUGGGACGAUUUCCUACAGAAAAUCAAUGCUCGCCAUUCUGGUGGCACGAGCAACACAAGCAUGGCGGCCGUCAACCUUCUUCUUAGCACUACUGCCAGCCUCUAUAGCAGUAGUUCUCAUAAUAAUUCGUCCAAGGGCUCAAAAAAUAAUCAUGAUCAGGGCAAACUCUCUGAAGGAGACGACAUUAUCGAGGCUGGCCAACUCAUAGGAGUCAAGGGAUCACUCCUCGGACCUCCUAGUAGCCGUCUACAUAAAGAGUUUACUGAUCUUAUUUAUUCAGGAAUCCCUAUUGCAUAUCGACCAAAAGUCUGGGGCGAGUGUUCUGGAGCAUGGAUCCUCAAAGAACCUGGAACAUACGAUUCGCUCGUAUCGAGAACAGGAAAAACUGAAGCUAUUGACCAAAUAGACCUGGAUCUUCAUCGGACGAUGCCUCAUAACAUAUUUUUCGGUGGAUCCGGUGCUGGAGUAGAGAAACUGCGUAGGGUUCUUGUGGCAUACAGCUACUUCAACCCGGAAAUCGGCUACUGCCAAGGUAUGAAUAUGAUCGCUGCCAUUCUUUUACUGACAUAUCCUACCGAGGAAGACGCGUUUUGGUCUUUAGUCAGUUUAGUCGAGAACAUUCUCCCGCCUGGAUUUUUCAGUCCGCCACUGCUCACUUCGCGAGCUUCUCAACAAGUACUAAAAGACUAUUUCCAGAGACUGUUUCCGCAGUUGCAUGAUCACAUGGAACAACUCGAUGUCGACAUUCAGCACAUCACUUUCGACUGGUUCCUAUCAUGCUUCACCGAAGCACUACCUGUAGAAGUGCUGUUCCGGAGCUGGGACGUACUUCUGUGUGCUGCCGGAGAAGUGUAUUUAUUCCAACUUGCAUUAGCGCUCUUCAAGAUCCACGAGUCGCGUCUCCUAGGACUCAAAUCCGGAGCCGAAGUCUACAGCUUCAUGAAAUCCCUCAACACAUACCCCAUCGGAGCGGACCUGGUCAUCCGCCAGGCCAACGCCUUCUCCAAUGCUGUUACCAUCGGAGACAUCGAAAAGCUACGAAGCAAAGUAGACAUAUAA